AAAGGGCAAUGAUGGAGGAGGAGUUUCCCCCUGUGAUCUUAGCGGGUGACUGAUAGCUUCUUUCCUUUACCAAGAUGGCGGCAAGCCUUUCGUAUUCGGCGUAGGAGUGUUGCGAGCCCGUGCGAGAAGCUGGCAGGCUGAAAAACAGGCAGUUCACAGGACGGACUUUCUGGCUACUGACCAUUUAGCUGUGGCAUACCCGGAUUGUGUGUGGGUGGGAAAUCAACCAUGAGCUCCGUGGCAGUUUUGACCCAGGAAAGUUUUGCUGAACAUCGCAGUGGCCUUGCUCAGCAGCAAGUGAAAGUUACAGCUUUAAAUGCUGAAGAAGAGAAUGAUCCUCCAACAUACAAAGAUGCCUUCCCUCCUCUCCCUGAGAAAGCAUGUUUGGAGCCAGCCCAGGAACCUGCUGGUGCCUGGAGUAAAAUCCGACCAAUCAAGGCUUCUGUUAUCACUCAGGUAUUCCAUGUGCCACUAGAAGAGAGGAAGUACAAGGAUAUGAACCAGUUUGGGGAAGGAGAGCAAGCCAAAAUCUGCUUAGAUAUCAUGCAGAAGACAGGGGCUCACCUGGAGCUAUCUCUUGCAAAAGAUCAGGGACUAUCAAUAAUGGUCUCUGGCAAGCUUGAAGCAGUGAUGAAGGCUCGAAAGGAGAUUGUAGCUCGGCUUCAGACCCAGGCUUCAGCAACAGUUGCUAUUCCCAAAGAGCAUCAUCGCUUUGUCAUCGGAAAAAAUGGAGAGAAGUUACAGGACCUUGAGCUCAAAACUGCCACAAAAAUCCAGAUCCCCCGCCCGGAUGACCCCAGCAACCAGAUCAAGAUCACUGGCACCAAGGAAGGGAUUGAGAAAGCUCGACAUGAGAUCCUUUUGAUUUCUGCUGAGCAGGAUAAGCGUGCAGUAGAGAGGCUUGAGGUGGAGAAAGUAUACCAUCCUUUUAUUGCUGGUCCUUUCAACAAGCUGGUGAGUGAGAUCAUGCAGGAGACUGGGACGCGCAUAAAUAUCCCACCACCCAGCAUCAACAGAACUGAGAUAGUCUUCACUGGAGAGAAGGAGCAGCUGGCCCAAGCAGUGGCUCGUGUUAAAAAGAUCUAUGAGGAGAAGAAAAAGAAGACUACCACCAUUGCUGUGGAGGUAAAGAAGUCCCAGCACAAGUAUGUCAUCGGCCCCAAAGGGAACUCCCUGCAGGAGAUCUUGGAGAAAACUGGAGUCUCGGUUGAGAUCCCCCCCACUGACAGCAGCUCAGAGACUGUGAUACUGCGUGGUGAACCUGAAAAGCUUGGACAGGCAUUGACUGAAGUCUAUGCCAAGGCCAACAGUUUCACAGUCUCCUCUGUCUCAGCCCCCUCUUGGCUUCAUCGUUUCAUCAUUGGCAAGAAGGGGCAAAACUUGGCCAAAAUAACACAACAAAUGCCAAAGGUUCAUAUAGAAUUCACUGAAGGGGAAGAUAAAAUCACUCUGGAAGGACCCACGGAAGAUGUGAAUGUAGCUCAAGAUCAGAUUGAAAGCAUGGUCAAAGAUCUGAUUAAUCGGAUGGACUAUGCAGAAAUCAAUAUAGAUCACAAAUUCCACAGACAUCUCAUUGGAAAGAGUGGAGCCAAUAUCAACAGAAUUAAGGAUCAGUAUAAAGUAUCUGUGCGGAUCCCUCCAGACAAUGACAAAAGUAACCUCAUCAGGAUUGAAGGAGACCCUCAGGGAGUUCAAGAGGCCAAGAGAGAGCUGCUGGAUCUUGCAUCACGUAUGGAAAAUGAACGCACAAAGGACUUGAUCAUUGACCAGAAAUUUCAUAGAACUAUCAUUGGACAGAAAGGUGAACGGAUUCGGGAUACCCGGGAUAAAUUUCCAGAGGUUAUUAUCAACUUCCCAGAUCCAUCACACAAGAGUGAUAUUGUCCAACUUAGAGGACCCAAGAAUGAGGUGGAAAAAUGCACAAAGUACAUGCAGAAAAUGGUGGCGGAUUUGGUUGAGAAUAGCUAUUCUAUUUCUGUUCCCAUCUUCAAACAAUUCCACAAGAACAUCAUUGGCAAAGGAGGUGCAAAUAUUAAAAAGAUCCGUGAAGAAUGCAACACUAAGAUAGAUCUACCAGCAGAGAACAGUAAUUCAGAAACAAUUGUCAUCACAGGAAAACGAGCCAACUGUGAAGCUGCUCGCCAUAGGAUUCUCUCCAUCCAGAAAGAAUUGGCUAACAUCACAGAGGUGGAGGUCUCCAUCCCUUCCAAGCUACACAACUCACUCAUUGGUGCCAAAGGUCGUUUCAUCCGCUCCAUCAUGGAAGAAUGCGGUGGAGUUCACAUUCACUUCCCUACUGAAGGCUCAGGUAGUGAUACGGUCACCAUCAGGGGCCCUGCUCAAGAUGUUGAAAAGGCAAAGAAACAACUCUUGCAAUUGGCAGAAGAAAAGCAAACCAAGAGUUAUACUGUGGACUUGCGUGCCAAACCAGAAUAUCAUAAGUUCCUGAUUGGCAAAGGUGGCGGAAAUAUUCGCAAGGUGCGGGAUAAUACUGGUGCUCGGAUUAUCUUUCCUACUUCAGAGGACAAAGAUCAGGAACUGAUUACUAUCAUGGGAACAGAAGAAGCUGUCAAGGAGGCCCAGAAAGAGCUGGAGGUGCUCAUUAAGAACCUGGAUAAUGUCGUUGAAGAUUCCAUGACCGUGGAUCCAAAGCAUCACCGGUACUUUGUCAUUCGGAAAGGGCAGGUACUGCGGAUCAUUGCAGAGGAAUACGGGGGUGUGAUGGUCAGUUUUCCACGCCCUGGUACACAGAGUGACAAGGUCACUCUUAAAGGAGCAAAGGAUUGUGUGGAAGCAGCAAAGAAACGCAUCCUCGAAAUCAUUGAUGAUUUGGAAGCCCAGGUGACAAUAGAAUGCACUAUUGCUCAGAAGUACCAUCGUUCUAUUAUGGGCCCUAAAGGUUCUAGGAUCCAACAGAUUACUCGUGACUAUGGUGUUCAGAUCAAAUUUCCAGACCGAGAGGAAAGUGCAGCUUCCAUUGCAGAUGUAGUGGCACAUGAGAAUGACAAAGAGAAUAAUGAAGGGAAAGAGUACAAAGAAACAGAUCCUGGCUCUCCAAAGAAAUGUGAUACUAUCAUAAUCUCUGGCCGUCGAGAGAAAUGUGAGGCAGCAAAAGAGGCCCUCCAGGCUUUGGUCCCAGUUACAAUUGAAGUAGAAGUUCCCUUUGACCUUCAUCGUUUUAUCAUUGGUCAGAAGGGUGUUGGAAUCCGGAAAAUGAUGGAUGAGUUUGAGGUAAACAUCCAAGUUCCUGCUCCAGAACUUCAAUCUGACAUCAUCUCUAUAAGUGGGCUUGCUGCUAAUCUUGAUCGUGCUAAGGCCAGACUUUUAGAGAGGGUGAAGGAACUACAAGCUGAGCAAGAAGAUCGGGCUUUGCGAAACUUUAAGUUAACUGUUGCUGUGGACCCCAGAUACCACCCUAAAAUCAUUGGCAGAAAAGGGGCAGUGAUCACUCAAAUCCGCACAGAACAUGAUGUGACUAUACAAUUCCCAGACAAGGAUGAUGAAUCUCAGGCCCAGGAUCAGAUUAUCAUAACAGGCUAUGAGAAAAAUACUGAAUCUGCCCGAGAUGCCAUCAUGAAGAUUGUUGGUGAACUGGAGCAGAUGGUAUCUGAAGACAUCACCCUAGACCAUCGUGUUCAUGCCCGCAUUAUUGGAGCACGUGGGAAAGCUAUCCGCAAAAUUAUGGACGAAUUCAAGGUGGAUAUCCGUUUUCCUCAGAGUGGAGCUGCUGAUCCCAACUGCGUGACUGUGACUGGACUCCCUGACAAUGUGGAGGAAGCCAUUGAUCAUAUCUUGAAUCUGGAAGAGGAAUAUCUGGCUGAUGUAGUAGAUAAUGAGGCAAUGCAAGUCUACAUGAAACCACCUGCACAUGAAGAAGCUAAGGCUGCAUCAAAGGGAUUUGUGGUGAGAGACGCCCCAUGGACAGCAGGCAAUACUGAGAAGGCCCCUGAUAUGAGCAGUUCUGAAGAUUUCCCAAGUUUUGGAGCUCAAGUGGCUCCCAAGACUCUGCCAUGGGGUCCCAAGCGAUAAUAACAUGAAAACAGCAAUCUUAUCCAGCCAUUUGCAACAAAAUUUCUUUCCUGAAUUCUGCCCCACUGGCUGGAUCUAGUGCAGAUUGUCAAAGAGGGGUCUCUUAAUGAAACUAGAGUGCUUACUCCCUCUGUUAUCCUUAUGCUCAGGCCUCACUAUGCUUCUGUUUGACAUUUUUUCUUCCCCUUGACCUGGAACAAAACUUUCCACAUUAAUUCCAACCUAAAAUACAUACAUUUUUUCUUUCAAAUUUCAGCCUAUCAUGUGGGUCAUUGUGUUGUAACCAAGCCUCCCAAGUACAUUAUACAAAGCACUCUAACCUCCAUUAGGAGAUCACCUUACUGCACCUAGGAAUAUACUUUCUGUCUCUCAACCUCAGGAAACACAUUUCCUUGACUUUCUAAAAGCCAAAAUAUUUGCUCUUCCCCUUCGUGCCGCUUCUCCAAGGCCUUACCUUUGUAGUGUGCAAUCAGUUUUCCCUUUUCACUGCCAACCUUUUCUCUUCCCCCCAAACUGCCCAUCUAAUUUCACUAUUGAUGAGGGAACUGGCCAGAAUGGGUGGGUGGAGAGAGAUGAUCAGUCCUGGAGUUUGAGACCCCAGAAAGCACUAAUAGGGUCACAAUCCUUGUGCUAAUCUGCAGCACUAAGUGCACAAACAUCCUUCCUUCACUGGGGUGAGUACUGAAUUGCAGCUCAUCAUCAGUUUUUUUCCUCAUCACAUUUUUUGCAUUAUCCUUCCUUCCCAACCGUAGUAUGGCUAAACAGAGCCGGAAAACUGACAGUAUUAUUGGAUCUAAGAAAACAUGGUUCAACCAAAAGUGCCAUGUUAGCAUGUCACAAAGGAUGUUGGGUGACUAGUGCAGUGUUAAAAGAGUGCAUUGCCCUUUUCACCCUAGCUUGAUAGUGAUGGCAUUUAAGUACCAGGGUUAAGGUGUGUCUUUUGCUUUUUACUAUUGCCUUCUUUCUACCUCAAGCCAGUAUGACAGUGGCCUGCUUCUUCAGAUAGCUCCUUCUGCUUCCUGAUAUCAUGAUUAUUGUUCCUCUGUGAGAAGAGGAAUGUACAUGUGUGGCUUUAGCUAGGUAUGUGGCAGUUAGUUUCUCCUCUGACAAAGAUGGUCUUAACUGUUGCCACAUAAUUUGGCCUCUAGUCUUGCAACAGAGCUUAAGCCUUGGAGGGAGGCAAGUGAGGAGUAGCUCUCACUUAAAUUGAAGAAUUUGAUUGCAGUUCAGUCUUAAAGAUGAAGCCUUUCUUUGAUGGCCAGUGGUAGGGGUGGGAGAUUAGACCUAUAUUCAGCAAAAGCCUUCUGUAGUUGGCAACAAGUGUGUUGUCCUGUUGUCUUCACACCAGUAGUUGCUGCACUCUAGCUGCUAUACCAUAAACUGAUGCAAGGCUGCUUGUAUUUUAAAGCUGCUCUUCUAGCCACAAUUCUCUUUUCUGCCGAAGGUGCUGGUGGCAGUGCUGGGUCUGUUGCCAACUCUGCUCUCUGUCUUUCCUGCUCUCUUCUGAAGAGCUUUUCUGAGCCAUUUGUAUCUUAUCCCCAGGGUUCUUUGUGUCCCAGAAUAUAUGCUGAGAGAUGGUGUAUAAAGCUUCUAGCUUUUUAGCCCAAUAGAAAGGAAAAAUCCUCUCAGUUUACAUGAACCUAAGUGAAAGGGGGAGAAAUUGUUUCUCUGUGGUGAUUCCACUUGGGACAGGAGAAGCCCUAUCACUAUCUGAGCAGGAGUCUAAAACAGGGUAGAAGUGUUAAUGCCUUGCCAGUGGGACCUGGUGUUUGAAUGUCACACAUCACUUGCACAUGUGUUUUGGGCUUAACUGCCAUUGAGCUUGGCUCUUACGCUGCCAUCUGUUCAAAUUGUUGAAAAUACUUCACUCUUCUGUCCCAUAUAGUGUGCAGCAGUUGAUCUGUGGAGUUGUGCUCCAUGUCCUCUUAAUGUCUUCCAUAUUAUGUUUCCAUGGCAAUGAUCCCUUGGCCUUAACUUUGGAAUUUGGAGAUUAUAUGCAAACAUGUAUAAAGGCUCAUGAGUAUGGAUGACACUGGAAUUUUAUAAAUUCUAAAAAAUAAAACCUGAAAUAGC